UAAGCCUCUACGGUCACUAGAAUUGACCCUAAAUCCUGGGCUGGGACAAAGCACAUGGAUGCUUAUGAGGACGAACAGUAUCCGAUACCUUUCGUACCUUCUCUGAACACUGUACAGUUCCAACUAUUUUAGUCUCUACCAAUAGGAGAGCUCUCCCAUUCCUGUGAUGUUCCAAGUGAAACACCUUUGGACUUGCUCGACUUUUUGCAAACCUACUGAACUUAUUGGAGCCCAAAUGGGUGAAGUAUAUGGACAAUCGACUUGUACAGAGUUAGCAUUGUGAUACUAUCCCUGGAUUUAAACGUCCAACCACACGUUUGCAAAGCUUUACCCACCUUCAACUGGAUAUGCUAAUCUCCUAUUAUGCGAUUUAUUGUUCAACUAUAAUUAUUCUGUGUCGCCUAUCAACUAUUACUUUUACUUUCUUGAUGUUACAGUCCGACAGAAAACCCAUAAACAGGAAGAAUUCUCUAGUAUUUUUUUUUAUAACACUCCGAAAACUUUUAUUAUUUUAAGACCAAGAGCUCUUUAGCUAGAGUCCUCCUUUGUCACCAUGAAACAAAAUCUUCAAUUCCUUUGAACCCACGAAUGCGGGAUUGAUGGGUUCUUCCUUUUUUCCUUAGGAGAAGGCUAUCUGAAUGGGGCAGGGGGUCGCGUGUUGAGCUGAAUGUACAUAAGUACAAGGACCAAGGCUUGAGCCAAACCCUCUCAGUCACCAUACUCACACCAUGGGGAAACAGAAAGAGAGCGAUGCCGACCAAGGGACCUCUACAAACAAGCCUCUUCUCGUCGCCGAAUAUUACACUCCAAUUAUCCAAUUGAACCCAAUUUGGGCGAACCCAGCUUCAAUCCCCAAAUGUUUUCUGACACAUCAAUAUAGUGACCAAAAGACCGUGAGAUUUUCGCUUCUCCAACUCUUACAGUUACUUAGAAGAUUUUAGAAAUGGAUCAUUACGGUAUUAUUGACGGAAGCACGGAAUUGUGCCGCCAAGAAGAUGUGUUUUUGACCACGCAACGACUUCCUAGUUUUGAGACCCUAACGAACCAAAUGUUCGCUGGGAUCAAUGAUUCAUCCUUGAAGAACUCCUUGGCUAGUACGACUAUCAACGUUGCUCCUCCUGGCCCUGUUACUCUUCCACCAUCCUCAACAGCAACACCAGAUACUGAGGGACUAUUCACUACAGCUGUUCUACAAGAUCCUCAACCAGAAGCAAAGAGUUCCACCACGAAAAAGGCAAAAAAGAAGAAAACCAGGACCACUUUUACUGCACUCCAACUGGAGGAAUUGGAGUGUGCGUUCGAAAAGGCCCCUUACCCUGAUGUAUUUGCCAGGGAGGAACUGGCCUUGAAGUUAUCUUUAACAGAAUCGCGUGUGCAGGUGUGGUUUCAAAACCGGCGAGCCAAAUGGAGAAAGAGGGAACCGUCCAGGAAAUCUGGUUCCAUGGAAGGUUGCUCCAAUGGUCCAGUCUCACAUUGCUUCUCUCAAGCACCUGUGAUGAACCUAACACCAUACCCCCUCAAUCCCAAUCAUAUUCAACCGGAUGCCAACAUUGGAACGGCCGACUUAAGUGGUGAUGGAUCCAAUAUCGAUAUGUCGGGAAUGCCACCCAAAAACCAUUUUAUUGGAGGCAUGUCUUACUGGCAUGGGGGAACUUUUCAAUGUUCGUUCCCGGAAUACAUCGAUGAUAUGGAUAUCGGGAAACUCGACCCCAUUGACGGGAGUGAAUUUCACGCCUACCACGUGUCGCCAUGAUUGCAGUAGGAUUGGUUAAAUACCUAUACUUUAAUUUCCCACAUCUUCUAAAUACAUGUACAGAGACCCAUUA